AUGGCUGUUUUCGGUAACAAUGUCUUCCGAGGCAAGAAAGAACAAGAAGCUUAUGAUCGGACAUUUGCUGGAAAAUAUCAGAAAUUAAUCAAAAAAAAUUCAUUUUUAUAUUUUGGAUUGCCAUUUAUGCUUUCAAUUGUUGCUGGAUCAAUAUAUUUACAGAAGUUUACUGCUAUUAAAUGGGAGAAAUAUGAUGAAAAGUAUAGACAAUUGAGUGAAGAGGAAAUGUUGAGUAUGGUUGAAAAUAAACGUGUGUUUGAUAAAAAGGAUGACUUUUAUAGAUUACAAGGGUUGUUAAGUGAACAUCAAGAAGAAGUACUGAAUCAUGAUUAUGAGAUUGUGCGAGUAAAGAGAAGAGAAGAGGAUGAGCCUGUUUGGCCAAAACUGAAGUAA